AUGCAUGUUCCCAGAUUGACCUUAGCUUCUUCUUCCAUGGCUGCAGAAAUUGGAGCGGUUCUGCCGAAAAUUGCUAGCGCUGUGAUAAAAGGUGUAAAUGCAACAGACUUCAAUAUAUUACAAAACAAUGGAAAGCUAGCCGGACAAGUUGUUUUUCAUCUGCAUUUUCAUAUAAUUCCAAGGUUUGAAAAUGAGGAUCAGACGUCCGGCGAAAGAGUGAAGGGGAGACUGAGAUUUACAAAAGAUGAAAGCGAGAUAAUUGGAAGUAACAUUAAGGCAAAGUCGUUGUCGUACAGCAGUGGCAGCUUCGAUUCUUCGAUUACUGACUCGGGGAAGGCAAGUUCGAUGAUCAACAUUACAUCGAUUUGUUUGUUCCCUAAUUUGGGUUCCAUCUAUCAUAACAAAAUGGAAAUCGACACGCUCUCCAUAAUUCUCAUAGCACUAAUAAUUUUGUUCGUCUUUCUAUCCAUUCGAGAUGCACCAAAUCCCGAUGUGCACCCAUUAUUGCUUACCUUGCAGUCCGAUGCCGCCAAAGUCAGGUAUCCCGGAGAGUCGGCGGUGUAUAGGAGAGGAGGAAGUCAACAUGGGAUGAGCGUACCCGAGAAAGAUGCGAAAACUUUGGCAGCCUUGUUUGCCAGUGGAACGAAGAAGGGAUCGUUGUGUUUGG